AUGCUGGCCAUGUUAGCACUUGGAAAAUGCAACUUAUCCGGCCCAUUUCCAUCAUGGCUUGUGAAUCUCGACAAACUCGUGAAUUUGGAUCUUUCAUCCAAUGCUCUCAGCGGACCAUUGCCAUCAUGGCUUGUGAAGCUCGACAAGCUCGAAAAUUUGGAUCUUUCAUACAAUGGUUUAAGCGGUCCAAUCCCUUCUUCCUAUGGCAACGCGCUUCCAAAUCUUAAAGAGCUCCACUUUUCCAACAAUUCACUUAGUGGGACCAUCCCGUCGUUGUUGUUUUCACUCCCGUCGCUACGAGUGUUGGAUCUCUCAGUAAACCAAUUUAGCGGUCGGCUUGGCGAGUUCCACAAUGCAUCCUCUUCACCAUUAGAGAAAAUCUUAUUGGAUAAUAACAACUUGGAAGGGCCUAUUCCAAGGUCGAUCUUUGAACUCACCAAGCUUACAUUCCUCAGGCUUCAAUCCAAUAGUUUCAACGGCUCCAUUCCUUCUUUACAUGAAAAUGAGCUUUGGAAUUGUGAACGCCUUUUCUUGUCCAACAAUUCACUUAGUGGGACCAUCCCAUCCUCACUGUUUUCACUUCCAUCAUUACGAGUGUUGGAUCUCUCAACAAACCAAUUUAGUGGCCACCUUGGCGAGUUCCGCAACACAUCCUCUUCUCUACUAGAGAAAAUCUAUUUGGAUCACAACAACUUGCAGGGGCCUAUUCACAUGUCCAUCUUUGAACUCACAAAUCUUAAAUACCUCGUGCUUUCAUCAAAUAAUUUCAGCGGUGAUGUGGACCUUGGCUUAUUCAAAGUGCUUAAGAAACUCGUUUUCCUUGAUCUUUCAGAUAAUAGCUUCGCAGUCUACGAUAGAGGAAGCAAUUCUACAUCCAUAUCCUUCCCCCAUAUUGAACAUUUGUCAUUGAGGUCUUGCAACAUCAGUAAAUUUCCAGGCAUCUUGAAAAACCAAGAGGGGUUGUAUUCUUUAGACCUUUCCAACAAUAGAAUCAAUGGUGAAAUACCCAAUUGGAUAUGGAGUAUUGGAAAUGGGUUUUUGGCUAAUUUGAAUCUUUCUCAUAAUGCUUUGGAAGGAUUAGAGCAGCCUUCUCCUGAUCUUUCCUUAAUCAGCGAUGCCCUCACCGUGUUGAAUCUUGGAGGAAAUGCAUUUCAUGGCACCUUGCUUCAAACAUUCAAAGAUGAGUGCACUCUAGAGACACUUGAUCUCAAUGGAAAUCGGUUGGAAGGGAAGGUGCCGAGGUCUUUGGCCAAGUGCAAGAAGUUGGAGGUGUUAAACCUUGGAAAUAAUCAAAUACAUGACACCUUCCCUUUUUGGUUGGAAAAUUUGUCUCAGUUGCGUGUUCUCAUCUUGGGAUCUAACAAAUUUCAUGGCACCAUUGCACACCCCCUAACAAACCACACCUUUCCACUAUUACAAAUCUUCGACCUCUCUUCCAAUAGCUUCAUGGGUAGCUUGCCAUCAAAUAUGUUCAAGAGCUGGAAGGCAAUGAUGGUGGAGGGAAAAUCCCAAUCUCAGUUCCUUAGCGCAAAAAUUAGAAAUGGAUACUAUCAAGAUAAAGUGACUAUAGUGAGCAAAGGGCUAGAAUUGGAACUGGUAAAGAUCCUUACUGCUUUCACGGUAGUUGAUCUCUCAAGCAAGCAAUUUCACGGGGAUAUACCAGAAUCAGUUGCGGAUCUAAAGUCACUGCGAGUGGUUAAUAUGUCAUACAAUCGUUUCACAGGCCGAAUUCCAGCAUCACUCAGGAAUAUAAAGGAUCUUGAAUCGUUAGAUCUCUCGAAUAAUAAUCUGUCAGGGAAGAUCCCUCUACAGUUAACAAAGCUAACAUUCCUCGAGGUGUUGAACCUUUCGCAGAACCUGCUUGUAGGAAGCAUACCACAAGGCCAACAAUUCAAUACAUUCACGGAUAAAUCAUUUCUAGGGAACAUGGAAUUAUGUGGUCCUCCAUUGUCGAAGAAAUGCAAAGAUGUUGAGGCUUCACCACCAUUUGCACAAUCACAAAACAAAUAUGACUGGGAUUGGGAAUAUGCAUGGAUUGGGUUUGGAAUUGGAUAUGGAGUGGGAUUGGGUACUCUUUUCUGGACCCUAGCACUUUGGACAAAGGGAAUGAGAGAAUACACUAUAUUCAUUGAUAGAAUGCUUUUGUUGAUUUUUCCAUGUGAAGCAUUUUAUUUAAUGCAACGAUACUAA